UGAUCAAAUAGCAUAGAAAAAUAGAGCGAAAGACGCUCUAUCUGUUCAUUAAAAGAGAAAUGUUUUUGAAGCGCUCCUUAAGAAAAUAAAGUACCUCCCUCACUACUUUUGGAUUGCCCUAAGUAUAACGUUUUUGACCUAUUGUCACACAUUCCAGCAUUAGUUGGCGUAAAAACUUUUAACAAUGUAGAGACUAGAGUUCUGGAGACUCAGCCAGAAAUUCAAUCAGCUUCGCGAUCAAGCAUAACCAUAGCAAAACUGGGUUUUAAUCAGAAAAGCUGUAAAGGUUCCUUCGUAAGAGCGAACUUAGCUUAAAAUCAUGUGAUAGAAAAUGUCAAUCGAUCCUCUUUUGACAAGAUUUAUUUGAUAAUAUUUGAUUCUAGAGAGUAAUAGUCAUGGCAAUGUCAACAUGUUUAAUCGAUAAACCAGUCGUUGAUAUGAUGAAAAAAUUUCGUCGUUUAUCAAACAAAUCAACAAUGGCUGUCAUACUUAAAUGUGAUAUGAAAGCAAAUCAAGUUGUUAUAGACAAAGAACUCAAUGAUAUUACGCCUGAACAACUUAUCGAAGAAUUGCCAAGUCGUGAACCAAGAUUUAUAUUGUAUAGUCACGAAUGGAAACAUGCAGAUGGACGUGUACAAUAUCCAUUAAAUUUGAUCAUGUACAUUCCAGAUGGUUGUGGUACACAAAAUCGUUUCAUGUACGCAGCCACAGCCGGUUCAGUAUCAGAAGCAUCAGGAAUAACACGUAUUAUUGAAUUACGCGAAGAUGUUUCAGCUGAAUGGUUAACAAAUGAAUUAAAAAAAGCUUAUUGA